AUGACCGAGCGAUUACGCGAGAAUCGCCCACUAACGGCAAUUUUCAAAUCUGCUCGCCCGUCUCACAAUACGAAUCCAGAAUACCUAUUUUCAUGGCCUCUAUCGCACGCGUUUUUCGUUGAAGAAUUAGGUGAGAAUGAACGGGAAGUGAUUGAAGAAGAACCGAUGACGCCAGAGAUCUGGGGAGGAAGACAGUUCAAUAGCAGAACAAAUGCUUGGCGAAAGCAAAAAUUCUGUGCGAUAGCAGCAGCCGUUCGUACAGAAGUGAACGAUAUGAGCGACAUCAAGAUCAGUGUUCUUUAG